AUGACAUCGAAGCGAAACUUGAAGUGUUUGACGCUGAAGGAGAAAUUAAAAUUAAUUGCUGAAGUAGAAACAGGCGAAAAGAAAAAGAAAGUUAUUGCCCAACAAUUUGGGAUUCCCCCAAACACGUUAAUAACCAUUUUGAAAAACAAAGAUAAACUUUUAGAAAAACAAGGUAGCUAUGAUUCUAACUCCGAACGGAAAAGGCUUACAACUUGUGUGAAUAUCGGUGUUGAUGAAGCUAUGCUUAAGUGGGUUACUACCGCGCGUGCCAAAAAUCUUCCUCUUUCGGGAGUCCUAAUCAGAGAGAAAGCUCUAGAAUAUGCCGCUGCUUCGGGUCACGAAGAUUUUUCAGCUAGUGUAGGGUGGCUAGAUAAAUUUAAAAAAAGACAUAAUAUCGCCCAAAUGUCAGUUUGUGGUGAAAGUGCUUCUACAGAUACAAAAUCUAGUGAAGAUUGGAAAAACAACGUUUUGCCAGAUUUAAUCAGACAAUUCCACGAAAACGAUAUUUUUAACGCUGAUGAAACGGGUAUUUUCUUCAAAUGUUGA